AUGAAGCUGUCUGGGUCAGUGACAAACAGUGUCAAGUCGAUUGUGCCCAAUUUGUCAGAGGAGGAGUUAAAGGACUUGAUUUUGAAUUUCAAUGAUUUUGCUGUUCUCAAUGGUAUCUUGAAGCGCUCUCCAGAUGGUGCCACUGUAACACUCCAGCACACACUUUUACCUUCGCCGUACCCACGAUUUCAAUUUGAAGAAGCUGUUCAGCUACAACGAUCUUUCAAUCUUUUAUUCCAUCAUGUUUCCAUGGACUACGACUUUUUGGAAUCUACAUUUAAGCCAGUCUUAUCGCAAGAUGAUUAUGUUUGUCGAUUGUGGAACAUUCAUAAAUUGGAUCACGACCUGGGAAGUGUACAGCCUCUUAAAUUGGCCCUUAGCCGUUCCGACUACAUGCUGCAUUCUGGCCUGCCUGGGUGCCCACUAAAGCAGGUGGAAAUGAAUUUCAUUGCUGCCAGCUUCGGUGGCAUAACCGAACGACUGACUCGAGUGCAUCAGCGCAGAUUGAAUCAGUUGUGGUGUGCAAAUGUUCCACAGCUGCCACCCUGUCCCUCGUCCACGGGCUUCGGUUCUUCGAUCGCUCGGACAGUCGAGGAGUACGUGAAGUCAAGUCCUCACUUUCGACGCACCGCCUUUCCCGCCGUGCUUGUUGUCAUUUCUGACCGCGAGACUAACAUCUUCGACCAGCGCAGCAUCGAGGAGUCCGUCUCGCUACACAAUCCUGCCAUUAAAAUUCUCCGCCGUACAUUCGCCCAGCUCUCCGAAUCCACCGGAAGCGUGAGCAUCGAGGCGGGUAGCGGGCGGCUGUUUGUCGAUGGCUUUGAAAUCGCUCUCAUCUACUACCGGACUGGCUACGCACCGGAUCACUUCAGUGAAGAGGAUUGGUGCACGAAACUUCGGCUGGAGCGAAGCUUUGCGGUCAAAUGCCCAUCGAUCGACUACCUCCUAGCAAACAUGAAACUCGUCCAAACUGCCCUGGCCAACCCCGAGGUCCUGGCGCGUUUUGAACAGGAUCUCACAAGGGCGAGCCGUCUGUCAGCCACCUUCGCACGACAAACCGUACUUUCCACUGACUUCCACUUCUCCGAUGCAGCGGCUAUCGUCGAGCUGGUCGCGGAGUGCAAGCACGACCCCUCGAAAUUCGUCCUCAAACCUCAACGAGAGGGAGGCGGAAAUAACAUCUUUGGUGAUGAUAUCGUCGAGAAGUUGGACAAGAUCAUGGGCAAGCCCGAGGCGAACGCCUACAUCCUGAUGGAAAAGCUGGAGCCACCGAUUGUGGAGAACUGUGUGGUUGGGUUGGAGUAUCCACCACCGCUGCGGCGCGAGAUGAUUUCUGAGUUGGGUGUCUACGGUGUCCUCUUGAGGUAA